AUGGACGACGCUUAUUUUUGGAGCAAGCAUGGUAGACCGUCCGCCGAGAAGGAUAGGAUUAGAAACUCAAUCGCUGAACUCUGCCUCUCCCAUCUCAAAAAAGAAGGAACCGUUCUAAAAUCGAUUCAUGUCAAAUCUGAAAAUGAUCUGAAAUUCAAAGCAGAAGAGCAUACCGAUAUGGCUCCAUAUAUCAACUAUUCUCUGAACAAGAAACGACGAUGGGAAGCAGAAGAUGCAAUUGGAGUUGAUCUUCUGGAUAGAGCUCAGAAAUUGAACGAAGGUUGGAAAGUUAUUCUUUUGGAGAGAGUAAAUUUGAGAAGUUGGAACUUCACAAACUGGGCUUACGCAUCAGCUCCUGAACGAUAUUUGGACCUUUUUAUGAUUAAAAAUGUUCAUGAAUUGACGAAGGAUGAUGCUUAUAGCCACAAGGGGAUUGAUUCAGUAUAUGGACAAAGGUUUUCUCAUUUCUUAGAAGAGAACAGAAAACCAAAGAAGGAGAAUGAAGCAGAGUCAUCUGAACCAUCGGAGCCUCUUGCAGCAUACAAUUUCCUUCGAGCUCCCAGAAACUACGUUGCACUUCUUCAAAAGGAAUACAAAAGCAGCAAUUAUGGAUGGGAAUGGCCUCAUGUCGGUUACUGGCGUCGUAUUGAUCAAUUGAAAGACAAACUCCUUGACUUGCGAUAUGGAGAAAUUGAGGAUCUCGAUGGCAACGAUGUCGAUGAUGUAUCCGAGGAAGAUCAGUCAGAUGGAGGUUCGGAUCACAAGAAGAAAUCUGAAUUCUACAAUCUAGAGGAUCAUAUCGUUGAUAAGUUCGUGGUUGUCAAGCGUCGAAGACGGAAGAAUACGUGUUAA